AUGUCCACCACUACAAGUACUCAUGUUGUAGCUCCAUGGGGCUAUGAUUUGCUGCCUUCUCAGAAAGAUGUCCGAGCGCAAUGGAAAUUUCAAAUCUUCGGUUCGAUAGUUUUAGGCGGAUAUUAUUGGGAUACAAUCAUAUCUCUUCCAAGAGAUUUCCAAUUUAUCUUUCAGCGACGGUUCAACUAUGCGACAGUUCUUUUCAUUGUUAACAGGGUCUGCUGCACCAUCACACUGACAAACUUCUGGAUUUUUGCAGUUUAUUCUGGCAGCCAGUGUUUACUCGUGUAUAAAAUUGGAGGCAUUCUAGAACCAGUCACGAUAUUCACAUCACAAGCUUUGUUGCUAAUCAGAGUUCACGUUCUCUACCAAGAUAAUUUGUAUCUCCUGAUGUUCAUGGUUCUGUUCUUAUUCGCAGGUCCGGUAUUGGCUCUCGUAGAGGCUUUUAGAACAACUGCAUCGAAUCUUCCAGGAAACGUUGGUUGCAUUUUCGGCCCAUCUUCACCUUAUAUAUAUUUGGUGUUCCUAUUGCAAGCCUCGUUCGACUGUUUAUGUUUCAUCCUUUGCAUGUAUAAGCUCUUCAGAGUGGGACAGGGAGGUGGAUUCAUGAGGAUUGGAAAAGAAAUGGUAAAUGGUGGUCUGGUUUACUAUAUUCCCAAUGUCGUCAUACAAAUUGCAACAAUCAUUUUGACCUCACAAAAGGGCAUCGAAGAUCAGUUCAUUUUGCCAGCCGCGGCAGAUGGGAUUGCUUCAGCUCAGGCUCUUAGAAUUACACGCAACCUGUGGAGAAGCGGUCAAAAACAGACAUAUCAGAUGGAAGACCCAAUGAGCUUAACUGCCAUAUGUUCCAAAGAAGGAACUCUCCCUGGUGAUGGCAAGGUAGACGUUUAUCCGGUAUCUAUGUCAAAAGGUGAUGAUCCCCGCAGGGUAGAGAUGACGUGA